AUGGAAUCCUUCAAAGACAAAGUCUACGUUGUAACAGGCCUUGGCGGCAUCGGCUUAGCCGUUGCAAAGCAGCUUCACGCCUACGGCGCACGUCUCUCCCUAGCUGACAUAUCCGAAACGACCCUCAACAACGCCGUGCGCACCAUCACCAAUUCCGACACACAUCCUUCUAUUCUCUCGACCGUCGUAGAUAUCGGCUCGUCAUCCGCCGUCAACGACUGGAUCAAGACUACAGUCUCGCAUUUUGGCAAACUCGACGGUGCAGCGAAUAUGGCUGGUGCGAUUGGGAAGAACCACGGUGUGGGAAAGUUCAUCGACCUGGAAGACGAUGAGUGGGACAUGCUAGUACGGGUUAAUUUAUCCGGCAUGAUGUAUUGUCUUCGUGCCGAAGUAAAGGCAAUCAUGGCAUCUGCACCUGGGGGAAAAGGCAGUAUUGUGACUGCGUCGAGCAUUCAGGGCUUGCGUGGGUUCCCGCUACAUACGGCGUAUUCGACGACUAAGCAUGGGGUCAUUGGGUUGACGCGAUCUGUGGCGAAGGAAGUCGGGCCACAUAUUCGGGUCAACUCAGUUGCGCCUGGUUCGAUUCAGACCCCGUUGCUUGAUCAGGCGGCUGUUAUCCAGGGCGGGCCUACCGUUCCCGACACAGUCAUUCCGCGCGUCGGCACACCUGAUGAGGUGGCGCAGACAGUGGUGUUUUUGCUGAGCGAUGCCGCGUCGUAUACGACUGGGCAGGUGUAUAGUGUCGACGGUGGAUGGGAUCCAUAG